CAGCACCUCCAAACAAUAACAUCCCCCGGGAUUCAUAUCCCGUCGCACCUCAACAGCAGAAGUCUCCCUUCUUUCCUUCCCAUUUCUCUCCUGUAGCGGUUGCGAGAUGACAAACGAAGACCCACCAAAAACACAUUACAAAUCCAACGUACAAAAGAAAAAAACCCCGUGUCGAUCAGAUGCGCCGCAAGGGGACGUGAAACAGAAUACGAGUAGCUACGGACUAUGUGUUGUAUUGUUUUGACGUAAUUCAGGGUUUUCUCGUAGUUUAAAUGCCUUUGUUGAGAUCAUUGAUUAUAAAUUAUAAAUGUCAAUUGCAACGGAGCAUAUAAGAAUAGGGUUCUCUUGCUGUUGGGGCUAACUAUCGAGUACCUGUAACUACCAACCUACCAAUCAAGUUCACCAAUCGUUUGCAUUCACCACCAUACAAACACAUAUAAUUAAUCCCCGACUUGAAAAUAAUUCAAAAUAACAAUACUUCCAACAUGUCGCCCAAAAUAUUCAUAACAGGAGCGACAGGUUACAUCGGCGGCGACGCACUGUACGCACUCUACAACAAGCAUCCUGAAUACACCUACUCCGCGCUCGUGCGCUCAGAAGAGAAGGGCAAGGCAGUGCAGGCAGCGUUUCCGAACGUGCGAAUUGUCGUCGGGACGCUCGACGAUGCGGAGAUAUUGGAGAGAGAGGCGGCGGACGCUGAUGUCGUGAUUCACACAGCCGACGCCUCCGACCACGAAGGCGCCGCCCGUGCGAUUGCCAAAGGCCUCUCAUCCGGACACACGGCCUCCCGCCCCGGGUACUGGCUGCACACCGGCGGCACGGGUAUCCUCUGCUGGUACGACGAGCGGUCUGACGACCGCCUGGGAACCUGGAACGACUCCCCGCCGUACAACGACUGGAGCGGCGUGUCGGACCUCACCAGUCUGCCUGACGACGCUUUCCACCGCAACGUCGACAAGAUCGUGCUGGAAGCCGGUACGCGCGAGGCGGAGAAGGUUAGGACGGCGAUUCUGUGUCCGCCCACUAUUUACGGGAAGGGGAGGGGUCCUUCGAACGCGAGGAGUAGGCAGGCGUAUGAGUUGGCGAAGUACAUUCUCGAGACGGGGGUGGUGCCGAUUAUCGGGCCUGGAAAGUCAAGGUGGGAUCACGUGCAUGUGGCGGAUUUGUCGGAGGUGUUUGUGAAGUUGACAGAGGAGGCGGUUAAGGGGAGCAAGGACGAGGAGUUGUGGGGGGAGAAGGGCUAUUUCCUUGUGGAGAGUGGGGAUCAUGUUUGGUCCGAGUUGGCGAGGAAGAUGGGGAGGAAGGCAGUGGAGUUGGGGUAUUUGAAAGAGGUUAAGGAGCAGAGUCUCGGGAAGGAGGAGGCGUUCAAGCAGGCUGGGUUCCAGGCGGUUAGUUGGGGAUUGAACAGUCGAGGGAGGGCAGAGAGGGCAAAGAAGACUUUGGGGUGGAAACCAGCGGGAUCGAGCCUUGAUGAGGAGAUUGAGACAAUUGUGAAAGAGGAGAAAGAGAGGCUGGGAUAGUGUGUUGUAUAGGUAUUCUGAAUUCUUUUCACGAAAUUUUCAGAGUCAUCAGAUUAAUUACCGUACGAUAUACUGAAACUAACCUGAGAACCACGAAGCACGGUUUAGGC